GAGGAAGAGGAAGAGGAAGAGGAAGAGGAAGAGGAAGAGGAAAAGGAAGAGGAAGAAGAGGAAGAGGAAGAGGAAGAGGAAGAGGAAGAGGAAGAAGAAGAAGAAGAAGUAGAAGAAGAAGAAGAAGAAGAAGAAGAAGAAGAAGAAGUUGGACCUAUCCGCGGCACCCUCUAACCACCCACAACGUGUGCGCGCAUGUUGGCUUCAGAUAUCGCGUUAUCAGUGCUGCAUCUUACUGCGAGAUUUAAGACUCAUAGUGAUCGAUGUUCUUGAAGUCGUUACAAACUGGAAACCGUAUUUGGCGUGUUUUUCGGGUACUUGUAUGAUUUUCAUUAUGUGGUUUCAAUCUCUUAAUGUGUCUUGAGCUGUUGUUGUUUUUUUACUCAGAAAGUCUCCCGGCUAAUCUGGUGUCACAAUUAUUUCUCCGUAGCCUAUCCACUAUCCACCAAUUUCAAAAGACACGAUUAUGUCCCUUGUCAACGAGACAGAACGGGAGCUCAAGGGAUCCCACAACAUCUCUGAACAUGGCGGCUUAAUUGACGACCAAACUUUGCGUAUUUUCCUACUUGUGUUCACCUUUGUCACCCUAGGUCUCAGCCUUUUAGGCUCGGCGUUCAACUGUAUAAACAUAACUGUGUUCUUGACGCUGGGAGCUAAGGACUGUGUGUCUGUCUGUCUCCUUUCACUUGCCGUUUCCGAUUUCACAUGCCUGUUUCUCGGGGCUAUUUGCGGAGUUUGUGACAUACUCGAUGCCUAUGGCUCUGCUGACUUCUAUGUGGAUCCCCGAGGGCUAUAUUACCAAGUAAUAUUCAUCAGUUCAAUGUCAUAUGACAUUUCGACCUAUAUCACAGCCUUCAUCUCACUGGAACGUUGCCUCUGCGUGGCUUUACCUUUCCGUUUCAAGGAACUGUUCACCUUUAAACGAGCCGUAUUGGCUAUGGCGACAAUCUUUUGCCUCACAUUCUGCUGUUACCUCCCCCAUUACGUCACAUCCGGUCUCCGUGUCCAGUGGGACCCCCGGACGAACACGACCCGCGUCCUCCUGUGGAGCUCGAAAGACAUGCCGGCCAUCACAGCUUUCUUAGAUUUGUGGAACCAUCUGAUUCUAGCGGUCACUUCAGUGGUCAUCGUCAUUGUGUGUACCCACAUCAUGGUCACCGGCCUCAAGAAAUCAUCUCAGUUCCAGAGACGCGGAGCUGCGAGACCGUCAGAGCCAGAUGGUCUGAACAAUUUCAAAACUUCGAACGAAGUAGGAGAAGGAGAAGAAAACGUUUUGAGAGACCCAGACAGUCGCAGAGAUAACAAUAUUUCCAGGCCGUAUUGUCCCACAAAUGUGGAAAAAGAAAGUAGUAACAAGAUUAAAGUUGAGAAAAGUCCCCAAACUCUGUCGGCCAAAAAUCGACGUGUUGUGAAAAUGGUAUCCACACUGGCAAUCGUCUCCAUCUUGUGCAAUACGUCACGACUUCUGUUCGUGGUGGCCCUGAGAGCUGAGCCCGACAUAAACUUCGGACAUCGUUAUCACAACUUGUACAUGGUCAUCCUGGCCUUGGCCUAUAUCUUUCAAGUUAUCAAUGCUUCUGUCAACAUUUUUAUAUACCUCAAGCUAAAUCCGUCGUACAGAAAAACAUUCUCUCAGAUUUUUGGCAUUGGUCAGACAAAAUAAAAUCAGACUUUUUAGAAAGUUCUCCUAUUCGCUCAAUAUUGUAAGAAUGGC